AAGCUGGCGCUUGGUUUCACUGCCUCGUCUGCUCUCGUCCCAUUGGCGCAGGUGAUCCGUCUCAGGAUGCGAGAGGAGAGCGGAGGAGAGGGGAAGAGAGAGGGGAAAGCGCCGAUGGAAAAGUGUCCAGGGCUCGGUUAACAAGAAAAUCGGAUACCGGCCCGCUUCAGUUUGUCCUGGACCACUCGGCGAUGAGAGAUUCACCGAAAGGGGCACUUUGAGAUAUGAUGAGGUUUAUUUCUGGUCGGCAAUAGUACUAUGAUUUGGUAUGUGGCCACUUUGAUAGCAAGUGUAUUCAGCACCCGAGGAACGGCCGCUCAAGGUGCCCACGGAGUGCGAGAGGAGCCCCAGUUUGUGACGGCACGUGCAGGAGAGAACGUCAUCCUGGGAUGCGACGUGUCCCACCCCUUGAAUGGCCAGCCCUAUGUGGUGGAGUGGUUCAAGUAUGGAAUGCCCAUCCCCUUUUUCAUCAACUUUCGCUUCUACCCUCCUCAUGUGGACCCGGAAUACGCUGGCCGGGCCAGUCUGCACGGCAAGUCCUCCCUGCGGAUAGAGAAUGUGCGUUCAGACGACCAGGGCUGGUAUGAGUGUAAGGUGCUGAUGCUGGAGCAGCAGUAUGACACCUUCCACAAUGGCAGCUGGGUGCAUCUAACUGUCAACGCCCCCCCCACGUUCACGGACACACCACCCCAGUACGUCGAGGCCAAGGAGGGGGGUAGCAUCACUUUGACCUGCACAGCCUUCGGCAACCCCAAACCCUCGGUCAGCUGGCUGCGGGAAGGCAGCCUCAUGGUCAGCAGUGCCAAGUAUAAGGUGUCUGAUGGGAGUUUGACGGUGCUAUCCAUCACCCGGGAGGAUCGUGGGGCCUAUACGUGUCGAGCUUUCAGCCCCCAGGGAGAGGCCAUUCACACCACACGGCUGCUGGUACAAGGCCCUCCGUUUAUUGUAUCACCACCAGAGAACAUCACAGUGAACAUCUCGCAGGACGCCUUCUUCACCUGCCAAGCAGAGGCCUACCCUCGCAACCUGACCUACACCUGGUUCUGGGAGGAGGACAAUGUCUUCUUCAAGAAUGACCUAAAGCGCAGAGUCAGUAUUCUUAUCGACGGUUCCCUCAUCAUCGCUCAAGUCAAGCCGGAGGAUGCUGGGAAAUACACCUGUGCACCUAGCAACAGCCUGGGCCGACCACCGACUGCCUCUGCCUACCUAACAGUGCAAUAUCCUGCCCGUGUGGUAAAUAUGCCAUCUGUCAUCUACGUGGCCAUUAGCCUCCCUGGCUACAUACGCUGUCCUGUAGAUGCCAACCCCCCUGUAACUCUGGUUAAGUGGAAGAAAGAUGGGCUCCCUCUGCGGAUAGAUAAGUACCCUGGUUGGAGCCAAAUGGAAGAUGGCAGCAUCCAUGUGGCAGAGGUGACAGAGGACUCUCUCGGCACCUAUACCUGCAUGCCUUACAAUGCCCUGGGUUCCAUGGGAUGGUCCCCUCCUGCUCCCCUGGUGCUAAAGGACCCUCCCAAAUUCUCAGUGGUUCCUGGUGGGGAGUACAGGCAGGAGGCUGGGAGAGAACUGGUCAUCCCCUGUGAAGCAGAGGGAGACCCCUUUCCCAACAUCACAUGGAGGAAGGUAGGGAAGCCCAGUAAAAGCAAGCACAAUGUUCUGCCCCGAGGCAGCUUACAGUUCAAGUCGCUCACAAAGGAGGACCACGGGGAGUGGGAGUGUGUCGCCACCAACGUUGCCACGAGCAUCACUGCCAGCACGCACGUCCAAGUCAUAGGCACAAGCCCACAUGCCCCCACCAGAGUCCAUGUGGUGGCGUCCUCCACCUGGGCCAAUGUGUCCUGGGAGGCGGGCUAUGAUGGAGGCUUCCAGCAGACAUUCUCAGUCUGGUACGGCCAUGUGCUGAAGAGGGAGCAUUUAGGUCCACAUGACUGGCUUUCCAUACCUGUGCCUGGAGGCCACGACUGGAUGGUGGUGCCCGGCUUGGAGCCAGAGACAACUUACCAAUUCAGCGUCCUGGCACAAAACAAGCUUGGCACAGGCCCCUUCAGCGAGGUUGUCACUGUGAACACACUAGUAUUUCCUACAAGUACCCCUGAACCAUUGGUGCUGCUUACCCCACCACGGUGCCUCACAGCCAAUCGCACGCAGCAGGGCGUCCUGCUCACCUGGAUCCCGCCUGCCAAUCACACAGCACCUAUCCAGCAUUAUGUCAUGGAGUUUCGCCUGGGGGAACGGUGGGAAGUCUUGGACGACAGCAUUCCUGCUGGGGAAACGGAGUUGCUUGCCCGAGACCUCAUCCAGGAGGCAUGGUAUGAGUUCCGUGUCAUGGCCGUCAUGGAUGACAUGAUCAGUGAGCCAAGCAAUGUCGUAGGAGUGUCCAGCACAGACUUCUUCCCUCCUCCAGAGAUGGUGGAGGAACGUGGACUUGCAAGACCUGUGGUGGCUGGAAUUGUGGCCACCAUCUGUUUCCUGGCAGCAGCUGUCCUUUUUAGUACGAUGGCUGCCUGCUUCGUCAACAAGCAGCGCCGGCGGAAGCUUAAGAGGAAGAGAGACCCUCCCCUUUCCAUAACCCACUGCAGAAAAAGCAUGGAAACUCCGUCAUCGUCAGGAAAGGUGAGCCCAGAGAGCAUUCGCUCAAAGGCAUCCCCAUCAGAAUCAUCUGAAGAUAGUCAUGACCAGCGUGGGAAGAAACCACCCCCAAGUCCAGGGAAGAAGGAGGAAUUGUCUUUAUACAUGAAGACCAAAAGAGCAAUAACAAGCAAGAAGUACAGCAUCUCCAAGCAUGAAGCUGAAGCAACAACACCCAUUGAACUCAUCAGCCGUGGCCCAGAUGGACGUUUUGUCAUAGAUCCCACUGAUGCAGAAAUGUCUGUUAAGCCCCGGCGAAUUGAGGGCUUCCCCUUUGUGGAAGAGUCAGACCUUUACCCUGAAUUCCGGCAAUCAGACGAAGAGAAUGAUGAUCCCAGGCCUCUGCCACCAGUUAUGGCCCCCCUUCGGCCUCACCAGAUUUCCCCUAUCUCCAGUCAGGAAUCCUACCUGCAACCUCCGGCUUACAGCCCUCGUUUCCAGAGGCCCUUCGAAGGUAUGACCAUCAUGGAGAGCAGUCGGCUGCAGGCCACUGGGCAGAUUCGAGGUUCUCUCCAUCACAGGGCUUUCUAUGGCUAUCUAGGGCCCCCUGGGGAUCAUGAUCCCCCACCUCCUUUUUACAUGCCUGACACCAGCCCACUCAGCUCUGUCAUGUCCUCUCCUCCGUAUCUUGCUGAAGGUCCUUUUGGUCACCCCAUGAUUCCUGAAGAAAUAGGGGAAGGUGAUUUCCCACAGUAUGCGGUCUCUGGUUUCCCUCUUCCUCUGACACUCAGCUCUUCCUCUCAUUCACCGGAGAUUUGGCAGGGACUGGAUUUCACCUUUGCAAGUCUGGAGGGGCCUCAGUUCAUUUUUCCACCACAUCACCCUUUGCAUCUCCGCCAUGACUCCCCCUAUCCUCCUCCACCUCAUGUUCUUCCCCUUAGUGCUUUCCAGCCAUCCUCCCUUUCAAUGCCCACUUACCCAGCUGUCCUGCCACUGGAAGCCCCAAAGAGCCACUCAAGCAAGUCUCCCAGCAAGGCCAAGCCUCAUGGCUCCCCAGCCAAGCAUUUAGCUAUGCAAGAGGCACAUUUAGGGCAGCUAAGACACACAAGCCACGGUAUGGGUGUGCCGGUUUUGCCUUACACCGAUCCAAUGGCCCAUAUUGUCCCUAGCACAUUCAGUAGCCUGGACACACGAUGGUUUGAAACCACCCCUCGUUUCAGUCCCAGACAGGCUCGUAGGAUGGAUUUCAGCAGGCAUCAGGUGGUUCUCCAGCCCUCUCGACUCUCCCCCCUCACUCAAAGCCCCCUUAGUUCCCAUGAGGGCUCACCAGAGAUUGUAGUACGUCCUCGACCACGUCCCAGCAUUGCCCAACCUCCCAUACCCCCAGAGAUGUCUGAGAUUACACUCCUCCCUCCUUCCACAGCCAGCUUCUCAAGGAGAUCUUCCCCCUCCUCUUCACCUGCCCAAGGCCAGGGUAGCAGGAGAGCAAGUCCCAGCUACCGUUCCCACAUGGCCUUUGCCACCUCUGCAGCCAGCUACCCAGCUUCCCAGUCCCCGUCACCCCCCAUGGAAAGCAGCAACAUAUUUGGGCAGAUGCCAUCUCAGAGGAGGACUGAUGAGGAGAUCCUUCCAUCUGAGCCCUCUCCACCCCAGUUGUCAGCUUCAGGAAAACGUCGAGGUGCGCCGAGUGCCCUUUCGGGGUCUGAGAGGAUUGAUGCACUGAGAUACCAACGUAUUAAAAAGGCCAAGAAGAUGACGAUGAACAACAAUAACUCCAAGACCAGAAAGAAAGCAGGUGUCUCCACCUCUCAGACCCAGCAGGCCUACACCUCUCAGGUACUCCAGCCCGAAGAAGCUCUCUACCUCCGCAAGAAGAAGAAACGGCCCAUCCUCCAUGACCCAUACACUCGCUUUUCUGCCCUGCUGUACCGCCGCCCACUCCGAGAGGACCAGAAGGCUAUUUUGGCUAGUAUGGACAACAUAGACCUAGACCAUGCCACCCUCCUCUAAAAGCCCUUGAGGACAAGGUCACAACCAUGCCAAUACGCCCCCAUUCCAAAAGUAACAUUAGCUACACACCAGAUGGAAAAAACAACACUAUCAUUUAAAAAUGUUUGCAGUUUAUUAUCUAUGAAGGGGAAUAGCAUUAAAUUUCAGCAUUCAGAUUUGGUAUACUCUGUAGCUACGCCCUUGGUCAGUUCAAUCUGCAUUAGUAAGCAUUCUGCCAUGUUCACAAGCUAACCUGUGAUUGCAACAAAUGUACUUUGAAUGAAUCAGAUCAAGAACCAAAAAAAAAAAAAAGAAUUCUUUUCAGAGACCAAACUUAUUUUUCCAUUUAAAAAGUACAGAUAAAUGAGUGUGUCGGUAACGUUGUCAGUGAAACAGGAGCAUUGGUGAUUGGAAUGACAUCACAAAUUUAAGUCCUAGUUCUCAUGUUUCCCCUCUGGAAAAGUUUUAGAUUAUUUUUACUAGUGAUUGUGAUGCCCAAAUGCACAAGAAUUGUCUGUGUACACUUAAAACAAGUAGUAUUCCCUUUAAAAAAAAUGUGUGAAUAAAUUUAAAUUUAGCGACGCAGAUCAAAAUGAUAGCUGCCACAGUUUUCUAACAUUUUACUCCAGUGCAAAACGAUGGAUACAAAAGGAGUCAGUCCAUGAUUCCGAGUUUUUCCUAUUUCUUUUGUUUUGUUUUUUUAAUCCCAGUUUUCCUACUCCAGUGUUACUGUACUUCAGGCUUGGGUCAAGUGUCUUGUGCUGAGCCAGUUCCCCCGCUAAAAAAAGCCCUGCAGAUCUCCGUUUACAGCACCUUCCACGGGAUCCUCUCUGCCAGCACCGUCUUUUAUCUGCCGAGAAACUCACCUCAUAAAUAUGGGUGUUCUCACUUCCUACCAAGUAUACCUCAGAGCACAGGACACGAGACCACACAACUACCAGGAUCAGCCAGCAGAACCAACUAAUCUUUUUCAUCUCUUUAGACAUUACUGUUCCACUUGCUUUUCUUAAAUGACACAUUCUAGCUUUCCAUUCUUAUAUCUACUUCUACUUUGUUAAUUGUGCAUUCACUUCAUUUGUCUUGCAGAAAAUUAAUUCUGUCACAUAAAUGAAGAAUUUCACUUUUGCUUAUCCACUCAUCUUUUUUGCUCUAAAUGAUCAGGACGUGGGCUUGUUUAAGGAAUGUUCAAUUCAUUAUCACGUCACUUCACAUAUAUGGAUUGUGGCAUUUAAUUGCUCCAAUUAACUGCUCCAUCUUUAGCUUCUUAUAUUUCAUAACCAUUUGCACUGGAGCAAAAUCUUGUCCAUUUCCUUGUCUGUUCCUGUACAUCUCCUCCGGUUUUCCUACUUUAGGUCGUGUAGAGGGUUCAAAAUCCUAUGGGGUAAGAACUAUAGUAUGCCAAAAAAAACCAAAAAACAAUUCAGUUAAAAAAGCAACAACAACCACACAUAGUGGAGGAUGAGAUUUUGUGCCAUAGUAUAUGAUAGUAUUUUUUUCAUACAUCUUAGAGGGCUUCAAAAAACAAUGGCAUUGUUUGGCCUUAAUGGAGCUUCUGGUUGAUGGCCUGCUUUACUUGUGUCUAAUUUUUAUUUCUAUUGCAAUUUUUUUAUUUGUGUCUGUAUGCAUGACUGUGUCUAAGUAUCUGCAUCUUUUUGCCAUUUUCUAUUCAUGGUUGUUGUAUUCUGUCUCUUUAUGUGCUUAUUAUUUGAACUGGAAACACUGAGAGUACAGUCAUCCCUUAAGAAAAUAAUGUGUGGCAUUGAAGGCAACACAAAGUGAACCAGACGUUGUGGUAUGUAAACCUGUAAGCUUGGGUAAGAAGUUUUGAUUAUAGUUGCCUGUGCCACCGAUAUGCAGAUGUGCAUACUGCGGGUCUAAAAUGAAAAUGUCUUUUUAUUGGACAAGUAAAGGAAGUGCCAUAACAUCAGCCCACUCACAUUUUAUAUUUGGACGAGUGUGUACUGUAACAGUUCAAGCCUUUGUUGCAGUUUUCCAGUUUUGCUCAAAAGGUGCUCAGUUUCUUCAGGCGUUGUAUUCCCAUGUAGAUGUUGUGGUAACAUCUGAUACCUUGGGCUCCUAAUACAACAAGAAAGCGGUGUCCAUGUUCUGCUGUGUUUGGAGUGUUGUCGCUCAUGUAUGUUUAAGGCUGACGUGCACUUUUUAUGUAUUCAUUUGUGUCAAUUUUUUUUGUGAUUUUGAGCUCCAACAGAGUUCCAAAGUCAGCCACAUUCUAAGUGACAUGAUAAAGUUCCACAGAUUUCCACAAUAAAUGCUUGCAAAAGAAGCUGCUUCAAAGUUUCAAAAAUAUUGCUCUGACAACUCAGUUAAUGUGAACAAGAGAUGUUAUUUUUCUUUUUCAUUUACAUUUACUUAAUUAAACAAGGAAUACGAAUGAGGUUUCCUGAUAGAAAUUAUCGUACAUAAAUAGACAAGCAAAAGAGGUUUGACUCACAAUCAUAUCUUACCAACUAAAAAUUUAGUUGGUUACACGAUAAAUGUAUCGUGUAAAUGUGUUGCUUUAGUAAUUAAAAAAAGCAGCUAUUUGUAGUAAAGAAGCCAGUGCCUUUAUUCGUGAUGGAAUUUUUUUAUAUCCAAUGUUGGUUAAUGGUUGAAUAAAAUGCACUUAUUGUGGAAAUAACUGUAAUGUUACCAUCUGUAACUAACAUGAAACAGUCUGCCCUUUGAAAGAUUACGAAGUCCGUGAAAAUGAAGUGGCAUGAUGCACGCCUGUAUGACUGAUCUCUGACAAAUCUGUACAACCAGCUGCAGUGUUUUCUUAAUGAGAGCUACUGCCAAGCUCUGUGAAUGUGGCGGAGGACAGAUGAGAGGGAAUAAGGAACUACCAUGUGACAUCAACAUUUUUUUUGAGUUCUUUGUAAGACACCAACUGAUGAAAUGAAUCCAUCCCAACACAGGUGCUUGAGCUGGGAUGUCAAACAGAGGCUCUCCUCUCAGCCUCAGCAGUGAAGUAAUGCAGUGCUGCCACUUUCAUUUUCUCAACUCUAAUUGCUGUACUAUUGUAUGUUAGGAACAUUUUUAUAUAGAGGAGAAAAGGCAGCACUGUUGCCUUUGUGUAAAAGAAUUUGUGGCUAGAUGGUGCUUGUUGAAGUAAUGGUUGGACUCAAAAUCACAUUGAAAGAGAAAAAAAUGACCUCUUCUUCCAUAACAGCCUUAUUAUGGCAUACCUGCAAUGACAUUUCAAAAACUGUAGGCCCUCUGACGCAUGAUGUUGUACAAGUCAAAUGUGUAAAUGUACCGUGUUGCUGUUGAAUAUCAUUGUUUUUAUGCCAUUUAUUCAAAGGUGUUUGUGAGACAUAAGAAGAAGAGGGCCAUAGUUUCCUUUCAAAAGAACAUUUUGGUUCAUUGAAAGUUUCACUGCAGACCUCCUGAUGCUUGCGUUGCUGUGGGUCCUCUUAGCAGAGCUCUGGAGGGAAGAAUGAAUGCAGGCACUGGGAUUCGGUGUUUGCACUUUCUAAGCCUGCAUGACAGAAGUCGUUGCACAUAACAGGGUGUAUGAAAAGACAAUGUAAGCACUAAAGGUACAUUAUGAUUGCCAUCAAUUAGCAAUUCAUUUCACUAUUAUAAUGAUUAUAUUUGCAUUACUCAGAAAUUAGUUUGUUAAUCUGACAAUCCCAAUACUGGCAGAGCAUUUGUGACAAGACAAAUUUCAACCAUCGAUACAAGGUUUUGGAAUGGAACCAAUAUUAGAUAUAAUUUAAUACAUUUAAUACAACUUCAUUUAAAGACUUUAAAUUAAGUAUUUAAAAGAAAGCUAACUGCUUGUAAUGAACAGAUUGUUCCUAUAUAUUUUCCCAGUAUACCUACCUAUCAUAUUGGUUCUAUUGAAGAGAUAACUUUUCAAUAAACUGCAUCUUUUGUAUGUGCGAAAUCAUAACUGAUGCACUUUGCCAACUUGAACAUGUUAUUCCAUGUUGUAAUUGUCCCACAUUAAAAAGAAACCAAAAUGCUGACAGACAGACGUGGAAAAAUACCUAAAAUACACAGAGGAUUCUUUAUUGAAAUUUGUAGAUAUAAUUAGUCUAUAUAUUGUGAAAUGUAAAAUAAGAAAUUGCAUAUUUUAUUAGAAUUGGUCAAUAAUAUGCAUGCAGUUACAUAAAUUAACAUAAAAUAUAUUGCCUUUUUUUUUGUUUCAGUUAGGAAGUAGUUUUUAUGUAGAUGCUGCUGUGAAUGUGUUCACAAAGCCACUAUAUAUUUUCCAUGUUACAGUUUGAGUCUCCCUUGGAGCACAGUGGAGGUGUGCUUCUAAACAGGGUGACAUCUCAUCCAAAAUGAUCGAUUAAAUAAUCUAAGUCGCUGAAAUGUACACUGGUCUGUAGAUGGUGAAUGAAGGCUCAGCAGUAUGAUUUUGUUUUUAUACAUUUCGAUUGCCCACAGAGGGAAUGAAUCCCAUGAAAACUUGAGUACACCAACAUAGAGAAAACCAUGAAAAGUCCAAGUCUGCUCUUCAGACCAGCGGUGGUGGGAAAAUUGUAGCUUUGUGUGACAGUGCAGUUGUUUCAUCAUCACCAAGGGCUUUAAUGAGACUUAUGUGAGGUGAGGGCAGUGUGAGCUGGAUGGGUGAGGCAUCUCAACAAGGCUGAAGGCGAGGUCAGAUCUGCCUCAACGACGAAGUACUGUAUACCUCUCAAUGUGCCACUGAGAAAUGUGUCCAUGUACAUAGUGUAUAGUGAAAGAUUUAUUUGCAUGGUAUACUCAUUUGAAUGCUACUGACAAACGUGGGGAAUGACCAGAGCAAAUAUCGUGCAGCUGUUAUUUGAAAGAAACAUGACAACAGUGAUGUGUUUAGACUCAACUUUUGAAGCAAAAUGGAAAAUAAAAAGCAAAACAAACAGCUAUUCUUACCUGAAAGGUAAAAGUAAAGUGACUAUAAAAUGCAAUCCUACUACUCUGAGCAAAAUACUGCUGCUGUUCAUGUAUGCUGGCUAAUAAUGAAACUUAAUUUGAAUUUAAAAACUCUAAUUUUGACCCCACAGGCAGUUUUGUCACAGUAGCAUUGAGAUGUACUAAAAGCACAUGCCAAACAGUUAGAUGAGCUCAGUGGAUAUGAAGCUGUUACAACACCCACAGAUAUUUCUGGAUGUAAUUAGGGCACGUAGAUUUGCUCUUUACUUCUUCUGUGAUGUCUAUAAACUGCUAUUUUUUUAUAGUACAUAUUAGGUGAACGUUACCUCACAAACUGUAGUCUGGUGUAAAAAGAAAUGAGUCAGUUUUGAUGCUCUGUUAGUCAAGCUGCAGUCUGACUUGUGUUACGUACAGUACAUAGAUAUAAAUUUAGAAAAUGACUGAUUAUUUGUGAAGUACCCGAGCUCACAAUUAUUGUGGAUUAUCAACCACGAUGAGGGUAAAUCUGAUUUACAUAUAUACUGUAAUUUGCCAUAUAAGCCCCCAGUAGUGCUACACAUUUUUGAUGGUACAGUACGAGACUCUGAAAAAGUUUAGUCAAGCUAUGUUUGUGGUGAAGAAAAAGCAUCGCCCACUGUUUUAUCACUUAUUGAAAGACAACUUGUAAAGAAAAUCUCAGUACUGUAUCACUCUUGAGCUGAGGAGAACAAGAGAGUGGCUUUGAUGUGCUCUGGCUUUACACAUUUUAAAGAUGCAUUAAAAGACUUAUCGUAUCGCUGAGGACGUUCACAUUUUUGACAUGUUGAACAGGCUUUUAACCCAUUUAAGAGUGGAGAUUCUCUGGUGCUAAUACAUGCCGCGGAGUAAAACGAUUUUGUUGUUUUUCUUUUUUUUUUUUUUUUUUUUUUUUUUUUUUUUUUUUUUUUUUACUGAAUGGGCCGUGUUUAGUUGCUCUGGAAAUGCACCGCUCUGCCCUCUGAGCUCACUGUACCUGACACCUAAAACUGCCAUGUCAUCUUCCUUAUUUCCUCAAAAAAAAAAGGAAAAAAAAAAAAAAUACUGAGAGAAUUGUAGCCCAAAUGAGAAAUUUAGAUGUGUGCUGUGAUACAGAGUUUAAUCAUGUCAGUGAGAUUUCUGUUGAUGAAUAUACUGAUUUUUGACCUACAGUCACAACAGACAUCUUGGUCGACACAUUAUCUUGAAAUUUUGGCUCCAAACUGUAACCUGACACAAUGAUAAUUUGCAUUGUAAUCAAAUUAAAUAAUUGCUCACAGGCCAACAAAACAUUACAAUUAGCUUUCUUUAUAACGAGUACAAGACUGUGAAUAAAUGACAUGAUCAAAGUUUGAGCUGUCAGACUUUGCAAGAGUUUUUUCAAAGUCAAGAGCAUCUUUUAGAAGAAGUGGGGAUAUUGUAAAAGAUAUUCUUCCAUGGACUAUUGGCUGAAUCGUAGACGAAUUACAUGAAAAACCAAAACACGAGCUAAUGGCAAAAAUAUUAUCUCUUACUGACAGGAAGGACACACUGAACUAAACUUGAGACAUAGCCAAGCUCACUUAAAAUUAGUCUUUGUGUAAUGCAAAACACUGCAGAUACUUGCCAUCAGUGUAUCAAUAUAACAACAUGGAGGAAAGUGAUAAGAUAAUGUGUCAAUAUUUGUCCAAACUUGAGUGUACGAAAAGGCAUUACAGAUUUAAGAUAAAAAAAAAAGAAGUUUCGUUACACCAUGUAAAUAAUAUUUCAAAUAAGCAUACCUUGUCAUAUAUAUAUUUUUUGUAGAAGAAAAAAAAUAUGAUGCACAUCAACUUUAUUGAAGACUGAGUGGGAACUGAGUAGUGUAGGGUCUGCUUCAGUGACACAUUAUAACAUGAUGUAACAGACCAGAGUCUAUAUGUGGGUGAUGGAGAUCUUCUAAACACUAGAAAUUAGUUUAAGAAUUUAAUAUUAUAGAGCCAGGAAAUAUAGAGAAAAAAAAUGAUAUAUAAUUAUACACACAUCUAUAUAUUGUCAUGGAACCAAAAUGGUUAUAUGAGUAUCUAUAUUUGGGGACAGUACUUGUUUUCAAGAAUGUAUAAGUCUAUAUUCUAUUAUUUUUAUAUCCAUUUGUUGCUUUAUACUGUAGCAAUGCAGAAUCUUAGACGAAGUAGAGAAAUAUGACGUCUGUCUGAGGGUGUCACUUGUGUACAAAACAAAAAAAGAAUGGUGCACCAAAAUGGCUGUCACUGUACUGUAUAUCUCACUUUCUAUUACACAGAGGCUCUCAGAGAAGGAUACAGCAAAGUAGUUAUUAUAGCAAAGUCCAUUUGGUGUGAAUAACAAAUGUGAUUGUUGAAUUAUUUGUAUGCCAUCAUCUUACCACACUUAUCGUAUGUUAUGUUGGAGACAGUGAUUUAGCUUUUCACAAGUUUAUUAUUAUUAUUGUCAUUAUUUAUUUUAUAUUUAUCAUCACCAGGCUGCAAUCGUCACCAGGCUGGAAUCUGUAGUCACACAUUUAUCUUUUCUAUAUAUUCUUUGGCAUGAAAGAAUAGUGAUAAUCUUUUUUUUUUCACUACUAUGGUGCUCUCUUGCUAUCUGCAUCACACCAGAGCACAUAAAUAUAACUAACCAUCUAAUUCACAAACUGUGCAGAUAGAAAUGUUUCACAAUGUUAUUUAUCAUUUGUAUGUAUCAGAAACAGUGCUUCAUGAUGCUGCUUUGAACUGACGUAAGGGAAUCCGAAUUUUUGCUUUAGGUUUCUUUUUUGGUUAUAAACAGAAGCAUGUGCAAGUUCAUGAACGUUCUGUUGCCUUUUGUUCAAAGGUGGAAGUUGAGCAUUGCAGCAGCUGCUAAAAGUUACUCCAGACAUUGGUGAUAUUCAAUUCAGUGCUGUACAUUGCCAAAAAAACAACAAAACAAAACACCAAAACAAACAAACAAAACAACACAUCAUACACAUUCUGACAACUGGUGCUAUUUAAAAACAUCUGUGGUGCUUUUUUUUAAGUUAGUUGUUUCCUGCUUAAGACAAAAUGUAGCUACACAAUCCUGUACUGUACUGUAGGUUGGCCAGUCAUCAUGUGACCUGGUUUGGUCAUAUGUUUCAAUGGUUUUCUUCGGCUGCUGUUGUUUCAGGGAAUACACAGGUCAGAUAGGACUAAUAUUCUGAGAGGCAGAUUUUAAAGCAAGGAAAAUUAAUGGGACAUUCAGUUUAAUACACAUGUCAUAAUGAUUUUCUUGGAAUUGAGUUUACAAUUUUCUUGUUCAUUUUGGUCUGAACUCCACAGUGCUUCAAAGUCUAAUGUAUUGGUGGUUUCAAAAUAGUGUCCACACAUUGUGUUUGGUGCUGAGUGAACAGACAUGCUCACCAUGACUUUUGAUACGGUAUUCAUCUUAGACAUUCACAUCCCUCUACAGUCUUUCUGUCGGGUCAAGCAAACAUACUAACUCCGCCUGCAGGUACCCUUUUAUUGUGCAGUGUAAGCAACAUCAACAUGCUGACAGGAGGGAUUGAAUUAAUACUUCUGCUCACCUCCAAGUGGAUAGGACUGGUUAUUAUGCAUCCAAACUACUCCAAAACCCACCACUAGAUGGAGGUUGUUGCUUAUAAGGGGGCUGUGGUGUUAGUAUGUUUCAAGACCAGAGAAAGCAUUGAAAUACUGUGUUACAAAGAUGUUGUUUGAAACUAGUUAAAAUAAUAAUAAAAAAAAAACUGCUGCAAACACUUAACUUUUUGGAGAAUGAAAACUUUAAGUUAAUAUACAAGUCACAUGAGGCUGAUUAUCUUAUUAUCUCUCUUUUUUUCCAUCAUAAAAUGCAAUACAAGUGGAAGAAGAACAAACUGGACUUUAUUUUUAAUGGGUUUUGUUAUCACAACCUCCUGGAAAACAACAAGAACAUGUGAGUGUGUUCACUGUUAGUUACAGGCGUAGACAACUCAGUACCUCAAAAUGUUUCUUCAUGGAAAUCUUUGGUCCAGAUAUGUAACUACUCAAUUAAUUUAUGUUCACCACCUCUGAGAAGUCAGUACUCAUGAUGCUUUUUAUAUUUGUUGGCACAAACACUAACAAGAAUGUAUGGCUAUUGUACUUUCUGCUCACCCCCCACUCUUCCUAAAAAUUGAAGCUUUUCAAGCAACUAAAUUGAACUGUCAGUUUUUUGUAUUUCAAAUGUCUUGGUAUGCUUGUUGUAGUUGUAUAUUCAUAAUGGUGUAUAUUACAUCAGUUUUUAUUUAUUAAAAUGUUUAAAUUUUCUAAGAUGACUUUUAGUGUUAUUCAGAAUUAUGGUUCUUCUAUUAUUUGUGCACUUUACAUUUAAUGGUGUGGAGUUAUUUUUUCUACAAUGUUUUAAAGGGCCAUAUUAAUAUUUUUGCAAGUAUCUUAUCCAAUG